AUGGCGUAUUCCACUCGAGUAAUACGCAAAGUGGAGCCCUCCUCAACCCAUGAGAGCCUCGCAUUGGAAUGGGCGUUUGGUUUACACAAUGAUUAUAAGGCUAAUAUUCAUAACUUGAGCACAUCAACUACAGAACGCGUAGUGUUUUACACAGUUGGUCAUGUGGGUGUCAUUUAUGAUGCUAUACAAAACACCCAGAAACAUUUGAUGGGACACCGUCAUAUGAUCGUUGCAUCCGCUUGCAGCCGUAACAGGCGGUUCAUCGUAACUGCUGACAGCGGCAGCACGAAAUCAAGUGAUUGUCAGGACGCAUGUGGCCGCAGCGCUUCAGGUAAUCAUUCAACAGCGGGUGGUGCCGGCGAGAAGUCUGGAGUAGAACGUUACAAUAAUGAAUCUGCGGUCAUUGCACCGGAAGGAAUCUACAGCAGCAACGAGGGACGUGAUGCUACGAUGAUCAUUUGGGAUGUGCAGACGGCUAUUCCCAUUCGCAAAAUAAAUACAGGUGAAUAUGGUGGUGUUGUGGCGUGUGCGAUGAGUCUUGACGGAAUGUAUAUUGCUACACUUAAUCGGACAGUGCCGCAAGAAAUCAUGGUGUGGGGAUGGACAGCUGAUGCGGACACCGGCGCUGAGGUUAUGCGCAACGGUGCCGAUGAGGAUCCACUGCUGCACGAUUCGAUGGCUCCGGAGUAUCGUCAUUUAAUCGCAGCGCAGGAUGAGCAAAUAUCCAUACGUUUCUCCGACGAUGAUCCACACCUUAUUGUAACGAAUGGACAGUACCGAGUUUUGUUUUGGUCAUGGGCCGAGGGGAAGUUAAAGUAUUACUCUCCGCCAAUCAUUGCCAAAAACUUCAAAGUCCCAAUAGGUCACUUUACACAGACAGUGUUUGUACCUGGGACAACGAUGGCUUGCAGUGGCACCGUUGAUGGUGACGUACUUUUGUGGGAGGUGCAACAGCGCGACAGAGUAACGAAGGAACAGGAUAAGACAAUGCUUAAAAUGGUUCGAGUGCACUCCUCUGGUGUGUCAUUUCUUACGUGGUCGAAUGGCUACAUCGUUACUGGAGGAAUUGAUGGAGAUGUGAAGUUUCUCGAUCCAAGACUACGCCUUGUUGCUUGGUUUGAAGACCUCAAGGGAGGCGCCAUUACCUCCAUUAGUUUCGAUCGCCCCUCAGGGACCGCAGCAACUGCGGUGAAUGAGCUACGGCGCGAGUUUAAGAGCAUUACGCAGAAGAAAAUGGUUCAGGUUGGAACCAACGCGGUUGGUGAUUUCUCUGCCUCCGAUUUCAUGGUAUCCACCUCUAACGCCAUGAUCAUUGAUGUCUCUGCCAAUGCCUUCCACGCCGGUGUUCCAGAACUCCUCCGUGGAAGGCUUGUUGUUCAAGGGCAGGAAAACGGUGUUCACUGCAUUGCGGCCCACCCAAAACUCUCGCGACUUGCUGUGGCCGGGCACAGCGGUGGCUUGCAAGUGUGGGAUUACCUUCUUAAGCGUGUAGUGAUGAUUGUUGUGUUUCGUGGAGUGGAGAUUAACUGCAUGGCAUUCGAUCCGGAAGGUGUGUGGCUAGCUAUUGGAUGCACAAAUGGUGUGGUGAAGUUUCUCGACUCGGCAAAUUUAGAGGAGCGUAAGUCCAUAAAACCCAAACGGCCAUCUUCUAUAACGCGGAUGGUGUUCGCCUCAAGCGGUCGUCUGUUGGCUACAGGUGAUGACACUGGCUGUGUGAGUCUGUUUUGGUAUGAACACAUACAAGGUAACACCUCAAAGGCAAUGGGGUGGGAUGUUGUUGGCCGCCAUAAGACCCAUAAGGGAACCAUAACCGGACUGCAGUUUGGUGAUGACUCCGGCCUCCACCGUCUUUUAUCUGUUGGCGAAGAUCAACGAUUAGUGGAGUACGACCUCAUUGACUCCGAACCCGAAACGGGACUGCUCGUCAGGAGCGCACAUAAGAUAGCACAGAGCUCCACACCGACGGGGUUUCUAUGGAUGGAUGAGGAUGGUAUUAUUUCCGAUGUGAGUCGACGCCCGGAUGCGGCUCAUACUAUAACAAAUGGUCUUCUCAUUGCCAAUAGCGGGUACAAAAUUUCCGCUUACUUUAGUGACUGGAGUCGGCAGUGUGUCAAGACGGUACUCGCUCCAACCUUUGGGGGGCCCGUCACGGAGAUGUUUACCGUGCCCACCCAUCCUGGAAGUGACAAGUCUUCCCUUUUUUACGCGACGAAGGAAAAAGUCAUUGGUUUUAUACAACUCCCACUCGAAGGCGAUCCAUGCUUGUCGAUGGGACUUCUUGCACACGCGGGACCCAUCACAAGUGUUGCCAAGUCAUAUGAUGGCGCUUAUGUGUUCACUGCUGGAGGCUUAGAUCAGUCGGUGAUGCAGUGGCGUGUGAAUGGGAACAAAAUUGUUCCGGAGGAAGCGUCGAAGAUUUCGGCGUCAGUGGCCGCUGAAGGCAAUGGCGAGGUCCCACUCGAUCAUCUCAUUGCUGUUGUUGAGGGUGGGCGCGAGGGUGAAUUCAUGCGAGAGAUUGUAGACUACUUCUAUUAUGCACAGAUCCGAUUACAGGGAGAGGAAACAACAGCCAAGCGGGAACUACUUGGUGCCGUCCCUUUUUCGCAAGUGCCCAACCUAUUUCGUGCAUUGGGGUACUAUCCCACUGAAAUGGAACUUGGGCGGCUGACGUAUGAAGUUGCCAAUUUAUACGGUCCUGUCGAAGAGAGUGUUGAUGAAUGUGAUGUGAGCAGCAUUCCGCUUAAGUUCUCGCAGUUCAUGCGACUCUAUGUGAAUUACAGGCCGAUAUUCGGAAUCUCGCGGCAAGCCGUUGAACAAGCCUUUUUGGUACUGGGCGCGGAUGCUCUAACGGGGCAGAUAUCACGCGACGUGCUCUUCAAGAAGUUAACUACGCAUGGUGAGCCGCUGCAGCAAACAGAAAUAACAGCAGCGCUGCGUUCUCUACUGGGAGAGGACGUGAAGCUAGAUGAUAUUCAGGACACCAUAACUGCACGCCUCUUCGCGGAAAAUCUUCUUGGAUUUGAAGAUUAUGAUGCUAUGGCCCAGGGUGAUGACGGUGGGGAAGAGGAAAUGAGUUUGCAGUAG